AUGACUGAUUUUUAUGAAAUACUCGAGGUCGAGAAAACGGCCACAGAAGAUGAAAUCAAAAAAGCAUACCGUCGGUUAGCUCUCAAGUGGCAUCCAGAUAAAAAUCUUACAAACAAAGCUCAAGCAGAAGAAAAAUUUAAAUUAAUAUCCGAAGCUUAUGAAGUUUUAUCUGAUAGUCGUGGACGAUUUUUAUAUGAUCAAUUGGGCCCAUCAAUAGUUUAUAGCGAAAGAACAAAUGAAGAACUUGAAGCAUUAUUUCGUGCAGUAGUUAUUGAUGAAGAAUUUUUAAAAGUCUGUGAAGAACAAUUCAGAAAAAAUGACGACCAUGGUCAAGAUACAAUAUUAUCAUAUUUAAAUCCAACAAAUCAAUAUGAUUAUGAAGAAGUUUCCGUAUUUGAUAAUCAAAAUGGAUUAAAACCAAAUGUUGUUCAUGAAAUAAAUAUGUCAGUUCAUUAUGAUUUUCAAUAUGAUAAAAAUAAUUCAGAUUUUAAAUUUAUUAAACGAUACUUUAAUAUUAUUCCAGAAGAAAAUGAAAACUUAAGAAAAAGAAAUCGUUUUUCAAAUUUAAAUUUAUCUAAUGAUAUCGAUCGUGUUGUUAAAAUGCAUGAUUAUGUUCAUCAUUCCCAACAACAACAACAAGAUACAAAAAUAAAUAAACAAGAGAUUAAAAAGCAAGAAAUAAAUCAAAAGAAAAAACAUUCGGUAAAACGACGACAAACAUUAAACGAUCAUUAUAAACGAACAACAGUACCAUCAAUAAAUGAAACACCACAAUUUGAUUCAUUUGCUUUAACUCAACUUGUUGAACAACAAUUAGAAGUUGCUCGUCGUACAGCUGCUAUGAAUAAUUUUAAGCCAAUUAAAAAUCAACCUAUUCGUAUACAACCAGUUAAUCGAGCUAUAUUUGUUCAACCACCAAUAUUGAUUUCAAAACCUGAAGAAAAAUAUUUUCGUCAUCGUGUUGAUCAUAUUGAAUUUCCAAAAACAACUUUUACUCGUCCUUUUCGUAAAUCAUUUAGAUCUUAUGAUGAGAUCAUUUCUCAACCAGUUCAAUCAAAAAUAGAACGAGAAAGACUUUUAUUUCUUGGCCAACAAGGAAUUAUAUCAUCUGUACUUGCAUUCGGUGCACAAAAAAUUCCAGAUCAUAUUCAAUCGAUUGAUUUACUUGAAGUUCCAUGUACACAAAAGAAUGGCAAUCAAUUUCACGAUUUUGAACUUAUUAGUUAUCAAACAUUUGAUCAUCCUCCAAUUUCUCCUAUUCCUCCAACUCCUACUCUUCGUCGUACAAAAUCAAUGAAAAAUAUCAAUAAACUAGAUGAAUUACCAAAUAGACGCCCACCAGUAAUUAUCGAUGAUACAAAUUUAAAUUAUUUCUCUAAAUUUACAUCACCAUUAAAAAAUAUUAAACGUAAUAUAUUUCAUAAGAGUGAAAUAGCAAUUAAUAAUAAACAAGUAUUCAAAGAAAAGAAUAAAGAAGAUAAACGUCGAAGAUAUGAUCAAUUGGGUCGAGCUGGUUUAUCAAACGGUCAUGGUGGUAGUGGUGGUGGUGGUUUUUCAUCUAGCAAUGUUUAUGGAGGAUUUUCAGAAGAUUUUCUUAAUCAAACAUUUCAAUUUCACAAUCCAUUCGAUAUUUUUGAACAGUUUAUGUCACAUUUUGGCAUGGAGGAUGAUUUUGACAUAUGGCCACGUCAUAUUUUUCCUUCUGGUUUUGGUAUGCAUCCAUUUGCUGAUUUACAACGUCAUCAUCGUAGUCGAGACCCGCAUUCCUCCGCAUCAAGACAUGGAAGACAGCAAAUGACUUUGUUCGAUAAUUUCUUUUCUCCAAUGAGAAUGUCUUUAUUCGAUCAUAAUUCAUUUGCCGGUGAUUUUGGAGGAAAUAAUAUGGGAACUGUUUCAUCAUUUAAUAUGUCAUUUGGAAGUGGUGGUUCUCGACCAAUGUCGAAGAAAACAACUAAAUCUACGAAAACAAUUAAUGGUCGACGUGUGACUACUACACGAGUGGAAGAAAAUGGUCAAAUAACAGAAAUAAUUGAAGAAGAUGGUCAAAUAAAAUCAAAAAAGAUUAAUGGAGUUUUACAAUCUAUUAAAUAA